AGUUUUAUGUAGGGAGAAUUUGGGGGUUUUGGGUUGAGGCCUUGGUCAUGCUCCAUCUUCGCCAACCAAGAAAUGCCUCAACUUUAGCGAUAGCUUAGAGCCGCACCCACGAUUUAGGACACGAACUUGCAAUUGAAGACCCAAAGAUCAUAGCUUCCUCAAACACCACCGACUCUGUGCUCUUCACCCUCUCCUUCUUCUCAGGUUUUAUUUAUUUAUUUUACUUCAUUUAUGCUCACAUUUUCUGCUUAGGAGAAAAAACAAAACAGUGAUUCUCGUAUUGUAUUGGGUUCAUCGUUUCCGUGACAGAACCCCACCAAAGGUUGUUGCUAGCAUAUAUCAGUUGAUAAUGAAAGACUAUCUCUGUUGGCAGAAUCUAAUAGAAUUUUCAAAACUUGGGUAAUGGGUUUUCUUAUUGCAUAUGAAGAGAGUAGCUAUAUCCUCCUAUUUCCAUUGUUUUCAUUAUCGUCGUCAUACACUUGUGCGUUUUCUUCCAAGAUGUUUGAGUGUGAACAAGUUCUCUUCUUUGGGUUCAAGCAGUACCAGACCUUUUCCUGAUUACUCCCCGAGAAAGCCUUCAAUCUCAGACACUGACUUUGUGUACCACAUAACCAUUACCGUCAAGCAACGCCGUUCUGAGCCUCUUCGCCGGAUUCUCAAGCCUUUUGAAUCAAAGUUCAAGCCUGAUCAUCUCAUUUGGGUUCUUAUGAACAUCAAGGAUGAUUAUAAACUUGUUUUGGAUUUCUUCAAUUGGGCACGCAUGCGCAGAGACCCUUCACUGGAAGCCCUUUGCAUUGUGGUUCAGAUUGCUGUGGCUUCCAAGGAUCUUAAAAUGGCUCACAGGCUGGUUUCUGAGUUCUGGGAGAAGCCCCAUUUUGAUGUUAGUGACUCGUUUGUGCGGUUCACUGAGAGGUUAAUUUAUACUUACAAGGACUGGGGUGCACACCCUUUUGUGUUUGAUGUGUUCUUCCAGGUUCUUGUUGAAGCAGGGUUGCUUCUAGAAGCUGGGAAACUGUUUGAUAAGUUGUUGAAUUACGGUGUUCUUGUCUCUGUAGAUUCUUGUAAUUUGUUUCUAGCUAGGCUUUCUAGGAAUUUUGACGGGAUAAAGACCGCGUUUAGGGUGUUUCGAGAGUAUCCGGAAGUGGGUGUUUGUUGGAACACAGUGUCGUAUAAUGUUAUUCUUCACUGUCUUUGUCUAUUGGGUAAGGUAAAAGAAGCACAUAAUCUGCUCAUACAAAUGGAGUUUAGGGGAAGUGUUCCUGAUGUUGUAGGUUAUACUGUUAUAAUUAAUGGAUAUUGUCAGGGUGAACAGCUAGGAAAGGCCCUGAAGCUUAUCGAAGUGUUGCAGAGAAAGGGAUUGGAACCAAAUCAAUACACGUACAAUAACAUAAUUGCUCUUCUUUGCAAGACUGGUGGAGUAAUUGAAGCGGAGCAAGUCUUGAGGGAGAUGAUACACCACAGUGUUUUUCCUGAUAAUGUGGUUUAUACAACUCUCAUCAGUGGUUUCUGCAGGUCUGGCAAUGUUUCAGCUGCAUACAAACUCUUUGAUGAAAUGAGGCUUAAGAAAGUAGUUCCUGAUUUUGUGACAUAUACUUCCAUUAUUUAUGGGCUUUGUUGCAUUGGAAAGAUGGGGGAAGCACACAAACUGUUAUGUGAAAUGUUCACUAAAGGUUUGGAACCAGAUGAGGUUACUUAUACAGCUCUAAUUGAUGGGCAUUGCAAGGCUGGGGAUAUGAAAGAAGCAUUCUCUCUUCAUAACCUGAUGGUUCUGAAGGGUCUGACUCCAAAUGUUGUCACUUAUACUGCAUUAGUUGAUGGCCUGUGUAAACAUGGAGAGGUAGAUAUAGCGAACGAACUUCUUCAUGAAAUGGUUGAAAAGGGCCUUCAACCAAAUGUCUACACAUAUAACACAAUAGUCAAUGGUCUUUGUAAGAUAGGAAAUAUAGAGCAAGCUGUAAAACUUAUGCAAGAAAUGGAUUUGGCAGGAUUUUAUCCUGACACUAUUACAUACACUACACUCAUGGAUGCUUAUUGUAAGAUGGGGAAAAUAGCCAAGGCUCAUGAGUUACUGCAGAUUAUGCUUGAUAAAGGACUUCAACCUACAAUUGUUACAUUCAAUGUGCUAAUGAAUGGGUUUUGUAUGUCAGGGAUGCUGGAAGAUGGUGAAAAACUAAUCAAAUGGAUGUUGGGAAAAGGUAUAGUGCCAAAUGCCACAACGUUCAAUUCUCUUAUGAAGCAGUACUGCAUUAGAAAUAACAUGCGUGUCACCACUGAGAUUUACAAGGGUAUGCAUGCUCAAGGAGUGAUGCCUGACAGUAAUACCUAUAAUAUUUUGAUUAAAGGGCAUUGUAAAGCUAGAAAUAUGAAAGAGGCAUGGUUUUUACAUAAAGAAAUGGUUGAAAAGGGAUUUAGUCUAACUGCCGCUUCCUAUAAUGCUCUUAUAAAGGGUUUCUAUAAGCGGAAGAAAUUUGUGGAGGCUAGGAAGCUAUUUGAAGAGAUGAGAACACAAGGGUUGGUUGCAGAAAAAGAGAUAUAUGAUUUUUUUGUUGAUGUAAACUAUGAAGAAGGGAACUGGGAAAGUACUCUUGAGCUUUGUGAUGAAACAAUAGAGAAAUACCUUGUUAAGGAAACUUAAUUGACUUUUGUGUUUUCCAGUUUAUGAUGGAAUUAUCAGGGGCAGUAAUUGUUUUGUUUCUGCUUCUCUUUCUUGGUGGUUCUGUUGAAAGUUGAAUGCAUAUCAUAACAUCAGUUACUCUCAUCAUUAGAAGAGUGACGCAUGUCUUCCAGGUCUUUUGCAAACAACUGAAGCCGAUUAUCACACUAACACAAAUACAGAGGGAGUUUUUCAUCCUCAAAUUCAAAAGGACACCUCAAGAUUUUGAGGAUAUUUUGUUGGGAUUGUGCAAGAUGGUGCUAUAUGGCCUGAACCCAUAUGAAACACAUUGUAGUUUUUCCAUCCUUUAAGACUUGUUUGAGAGAACUGUAAUCAAUGACGAUGACAUCAUAAUUGAUAAAUAUUCUCUCACAAGUCUCACCUCUCAGCUGCCUCUGGAGAUGUGUCUACAAUAAAGGUUUUGAUUGACACUUGCAAAGUGGAGAAAGGCAUUAAUGGGAGAUUUUGUUUGUUUGCUUGUGGAAUUGAAGUUCUGUAUAGUAAAAAAUUUCAGUACCGAUAGAGUUUGAAUGUGCAGCAGACAUUGUAAGCCUCUAGCAUUUGUACUGAACAUUGAAAGAUGCUUAUAGGAGAUACGUCUUUCUAAUUGUUGAUAAACAGGAAGAAGCAAUGGAUAAACUUGAAAGAUUUAGACCCACUCUCAUAGCAGUGAAUUGCUUCUGAGAUUAAUGAAGCAGUAGAGAAUUUUCCUGUGGCAAUAUUAUGUGAUGAUAGUUUUAGUAAUCAUAUAAAGGGACAAAAAGUGAACGCAGAAUGUGAACUGGAUUAUGUAUUAUUAAGAAUAUACAAAUUUGUUAUUUCUUUAAUUUGCC